AUGAGCUUCCACGCGUCAGCCACGAGCAUCGAACUUGAAGAUGACUAUGUCCUCAAGGCUGUUCUUCGAGACGAGGACGGCGACGAACAGGAGUCUACACUGGAUCUCAACGAUAUCCUCGGGAACAAUGAUGGUAACUACGAUUUCAAUUGCUAUUUCACAACCGCGCCAAACGAGAUCCUUCUACUGGGGGGCGAGAACUUCAAGGACAGUGCACAGGAUAUCAGCCUCAACCGGGAAGGGGACGACGAGGUCCCCAUCCUCCGGGCAGUCUUGAACAAUGUCGACGGCGAGGGUGUGGAGGCGGAUAUCAACUUGGCGGAACGGAUCACCAACGAAAAUGGGAAUUUGGUUUUUCAAUAG